AUGUCGGAAGCAGCGCAGCUCGACGCCUUCCUGGCAGCCAUGACGCAGUACGCACCGACGAUCCCGGACGAGCUCGUCGAUUUCUACCUCCAGCAAGCUGGAUGCACCACGAAUGACGUGCGCAUCACGCGACUCGUUUCGCUCGUCGCGCACAAACUGCUGCUGGACGUGACGCACGACGCCAUGCAAUACCACCGCCUUCGAGCACCGGCCACAGCGGUGUCGGCCCCACUGGCACAAGACGCAACGACGUCUUCUUCCUCGAGCACGCGGGCCGUCCUGACGAUGGACGACCUCUCUGCGAGUCUGAAAGAGUACGGCGUGAACAUUUGCCGACCCGAGUACAUGAGCGACGUCCCAGAGGAUCCAGCGCUAUAG